AUGAACUUCUCCGAGGUCUUCAAGCUGUCCAGCCUGCUCAGCAAGUUCUCCCCGGACGGGAAGUACCUGGCUUCAUGUGUCCAGUACCGUCUAGUGGUCCGAGAUGUGAACACACUUCAGAUCCUUCAGCUGUACACAUGCCUGGAUCAGAUCCAGCACAUAGAGUGGUCGGCUGACUCGCUCUUUAUCCUUUGCGCCAUGUACAAACGAGGGCUUGUUCAGGUCUGGUCUUUGGAACAGCCAGAUUGGCACUGCAAGAUAGAUGAGGGCUCGGCAGGGCUGGUGGCUUCAUGUUGGAGCCCGGAUGGUCGCCACAUCCUUAACACAACCGAGUUCCACCUGCGGAUAACUGUCUGGUCCUUGUGUACAAAAUCUGUGUCUUAUAUUAAAUAUCCUAAAGCUUGUCAGCAGGAUAAGCUGCACUUUGAGACUGACACCCAGGAUCUUGUUGGGAUCGAGUGGGCUCCCAAUGGCUGUGUGCUGGCUGUGUGGGACACCUGUCUGGAGUAUAAGAUCCUGCUGUACUCUUUGGAUGGCCGGUUGCUGUCAACCUACUGUGCAUACGAGUGGUCCCUAGGCAUCAAGUCUGUGGCCUGGAGCCCCAGCAGCCAGUUCUUGGCGGUUGGAAGUUACGACGGAAAGGUGCGCAUUUUGAAUCAUGUGACUUGGAAGAUGAUCACGGAGUUUGGGCAUCCUGCGACCAUUAACAAUCCCAAGAUCAUUGUCUAUAAGGAAGCAGAGAAAAAUCCGAAGCUGGGGCUGGAGGGCCUUCCCUUCCCACCCCUGAGAGCAGCAGCCAGGCCUCUCUCUACCACAGAGACGAAAUAUGAGAUUGCCUCCCUGCCAGUCUCUCUGCAGACCCUGAAACCUGUCACUGACAGAGCAAACCCCAGGAUUGGUGUUGGCAUGCUGGCGUUUAGCUCUGACAACUACUUCCUGGCAACAAGGAAUGACAACAUUCCGAACGCUGUGUGGAUCUGGGAUGUUCAGAAACUCAGGCUGUUUGUGGUGCUAGAGCAGCUGGUUCCGGUGCGCACCUUCCAGUGGGACCCACAGCAGGCCCGCCUCGCCCUCUGCACAGGAGGCAGCCGUGUCUACCUGUGGUCACCAGCAGGCUGUGUGUCGGUGCAGGUGCCCGUGGAAGGUGACUUCCAUGUGCUCUCCCUGUGCUGGCAUCUGAGUGGGGACUCCCUAGCCCUCCUCAGUAAGGACCACUUCUGCCUGUGUUUCCUGGAGACCGAGGAGGGGGCCGGCACAGCUUGA